AUUUUCGCAACGGCUGCAUAAAGACCACUUACAUUACUAUCAUUGUCCAGAAACUGAACGUUAGCUGGUCCAGAAUAGAAAUGGGAGGAUACUUCAGUACUCCGUAUGAAUCCAAGUUCGAUAGCAACCAAAAACUUAUAGAUUUAGUUAGUGAACGCCUUACAAAGCGACAGCGUAGUUUAUGGAGACUGGGAAAGAAUAGCGAAUUUCUUGGGCCUUACAACCUCUCAAAUUGCUAACCUUCGGCGCAAUGAACGAAGGAGUGAAUGUACGGAAAUAUUAAUAAGAAAGAUGAUCGAAUAUUGGGUUUCAAAUACAGCUACUCCACGCGUUCCCGAUAUCAGCAGAUUGUUUAAGGAACACGGGUAUAAGAUGGUCGCAGAACGGCUUAAUGCACACAAGGAUACUGAACACGAAGGAAAGAGGAUUCAGGACAAUGUUGGACAUGAAAAUCAGGACCGUUUCUAUGGCAGAAAAGACGAACUAAAUCAAUUAAAAUCUGCCUUUGAAAACCAAACUCCAUUGGCAUUUAUUCACGGGCCUGGCGGAUAUGGAAAAACAGAAUUAGCUAAAAAACUUGCUCGAUCACUAAUCCGAGAGCAAAAUAUCAACGUUUUAUUUCUCUACGGCGAAUCCAAAGAAAAACUUGAGCAGUCUAUCUUUCCGCUUUGGGAAAAAAUGCGCGGCAAACCCCUUCCACAAAAUACUCCGGCAGUUGAUUGCAUUACUUCUUGUUUGUCCUUACUAUGCGGACGAAUAUUGAUUAUCAUUGACAAUGUCGAUCGAAGAAACAAAUUAUUGGAUGAGAUAAUCGCUAAUCUUCUUAAUUUUAAGAAAGAGAGCCCUUGCUUUGUCAUUGUCACCACUCGUGACAGAAAUGUUGUCACUCGCAAUUAUGUCGGCGAUCUUAAUAUACUACUAGAGGUUUUCCCACGGGAAGUGUCAAUACAAAUGGUAAAGCAGGCGCUACCUAAGGAGACGGACUCCCAGAUAGCACGACUCUGUGAGGAAAUGGAAGAUUGGCCGUUGGCAUUGAGUCAAGCUAUUUCCCACAUUAGCACGUUCCGGUUGUCUUCACUGGUAGGGUUGGCAUAUAACAUUUCAUCUUACCUUCAAGAUCUUAAACCGGAACCAAAUACCGUAAUCGACAGGAAACUUUUGUCAAAAAGGGAAUAUAAGUUAAGUUCCGGCUUGGAAGUUUCUCUAAAACAAAUUAAAUCUGAGAGUUGUGGCGAACUUGCACUCAAAUUGCUUAAUAUGAUAUCAUACCUGGAUCCCGAACGCCUGCACCUGGACAUGCUAACCAAAUUUUACCAGACCAUUUUUGAAAAAUGUAUUACUGAUAAGCGAAUCUCAACUGCUAUUUCUAAUAGGUUGCUUGAACUAUCGUUUUUCCAACUUGCAUACAAAUUUUCAAAAGAAAAUCUAGUCGCAUUUGAAAAAAGAAUGAACAGCAUUAACAGUUUAGAGACAUUGAAAUUGGAGCAUAAUAUGGCCCGCUCACUCAAUUAUAUUGGCAAGCAUGAUGAAUCUAAAUCCGCAUUCGAAAUCCUAUUAGAAAAAUUCGAAAAUCAGUGCCACCCAGAUGCGUCGCAACUAAAGUUAUUAGCAAAUUUUGAAUUUGCAUCACUUUGCUUAAACUUGAACAACACUGAUGGAGCUAUGCAAAAAUAUAAAGAAGCCUAUAUAUUUUCAUCACAAAGUUACGGUGUUAAGCACCCACUAACGGUUAAGGCAAAUCAAGGGAUUGGUAUAUGCUGCAUGAAAAUUGGCAAAUGCCAAGAGGCUCUGGAAAAGUUCGAGGAUGUUUUAUCAAAGAGAAAAAGUACCUGCGGGAAGGAGGAUCCCUGUUAUAUUCGGACACUUUGUUACCUAGGCGAAUGCUACUAUAAAUUAAAUAAUUUUGAAAAGUCAAAGGAUCAUUUCCUGGAUGCAUUAAAAACAUUCGCGGCUUAUCCUACUUGUUUUCAUUCAUCACACAUGUCUGUUUCAAUAACUAUCAAGUUUUUAUUAAAGAUGCUAAAGAACCACGCCGUACCAAAGAUGAAAAUAAUUCUUUCCACAGCAGUUGGUGGAAGCUUGAAGUACCCAUAUUUAAUACAAGUAAUGCGUAAUUACGCUCAAGCCUUGGACCCCACUAUUGAAACGGUUACUCUACUUCAUAUGCUGCAAGUAGAAAAAUUGCUUGUGGAAGAGCUAGCUAUGGAUACGGAUCGUCUGGAGGAAAUAAACCAAGAAAUACAGCAACUAACAGAAAUUGAAAAGAGAAAAAAUUCCGAUGCCUUCGGAGAUUAAGUUGUAACAAAAAAAUCAUAUCUACUUCACGUAACCGUAACAGGUAGAACUUGUAAUCUUAAUUUUGGGUAUAUAUCAAUAUAUAAAUAAUCCUUUUCUUUAGAAUUUAAAAAUUACAAACCUAGCCUAAUUAAAUAUGUAGGGCCAUUAUACUUAAUUCAUAGGUAAAAGAUGUCCACUAACGUCGCGGACUUAUGUAAUAAAAUGCUCAGAACUUU